GCUGCGGUAACCACGGUAACUAGUGGAAAUCUCGCGUGAUGAUCAUGCCUGUCGAUAGGGGUUUAUGCGAGGAAAAGUGGAAAAUCGAAUGAUUGAUGCAUUUGCAAAACGGCAAGUUAGCUAUGUUUCGGUCACCUCUCUCCGAGCAUUACAGCAAAACGUACCAAAAUUGCAGAAUUUUUCUUAGCCGGUCGCAUUUUGCUCCUACGUGCGACGUAUAAAGCCACCCAGGGGGGUUAGUGAUACGGUUGACUCUUCGCUAGCUAAAUCGUCUAGCCAUGCUAACGCUAGCUGGUUAGCUUUGUUUACAUCAAGUGCGCGCCUGGAAUCUGUUAACGGAUUUCUGACCCGGCGAAUUCAUGAUCUCGCCAGUCCGUUGUUCAGUUAAACAUCGACGAGGAUACUGGGUUGUAGAGUAGAUUGGCUCUAUGGCUAUCAUCGAUGAUCUCUUGUGCAAAACGUCCGGCUGAUGCAGUAAGCUAAUGUUAGCUACGUAAUGCUAACCUUUUAAUUAUGGGUGAUUUGCUCAUUCGAGUCAGCGUUUGCCCUUAGACUUUGUUGGAGAUGAGUAUAAUUAUAACUCUAAUAGGUCCGAAUUAACAGGAACUGUAACUGUGAUAUGAAAGAGUUCGCUGGUUAAAUGUAAUGACUGCGAACCGGUGAUGCUAACCUUAGGUAGCCACCUGCCAAGCUAGCUAACGUGCUCGUUUAGCGAUAACCGCCUCACCAUGGUCGUUGUUUCAUAUUGUAUAUAUUACUGAUUCAUGAUUAACAUCUCUUUUGACACACUGGAGUGACCGAUUGUUGCGUCGCUAGACCAGUUUGCAUCCCCUCCAUCACCCUGAGGCUGGGCUCUCUUUACGUUGCGACGAGCCGCUGGAUUUUUUUCCUUCCUCGGACCGUGUUUCCCUGAGGCUGCGGAGCACAUCGCCAUGAACCCGGUUAAUGCAACCGCUCUCUACGUGUCUGCCAGCCGGGCCGUGCUGCAGUGCGACCCGCGGCAGCCUCAUUCCUUCGCAGAGAUGUACAAACUACUGCCCUUCUUCCGAAAGUCCCUCGCAUGUCUUGUCUGUGGUAAACUGCUUCAGGAUCCGAUUUCUCAGACACAUCCAGAGUGUCAGCAUUAUGUCUGCUUGGGCUGUAAAGGCCAGAAAAUGCAGAUAAGGCCAUCAUGCAGCCGUUGUAAGGACCACUCCUCCUUCCAGGAGAACAAACAGCUCUCUUUACUGGUGCAGUGUUACAGGAAGCUCUGCUUCUAUGUAAUUCAUUCACCGUUGCUGUUGUGUGUCAGCAACCAUGUAGGAGGGUCUCCAGAGGUAAUGGCUUUGCUAGAAGAGGUGCUAUUGUCGCACAAAGACGAGAUGGAAGACCCAAGUCUAGUGCACGAAGAUGUGAAUCCCUCAGCUCCUGAGUCCCUUACGCCCACAGAGGCACCACCUGCUCCUGCAGAGCUCUCAGCUGUACCUCAGAGCUCUUCCUCUGAUCCUCCCUGUUUCAACGGACCACAGGAAUGCAAUGGAGACGUGCUGGAGGAUGUAGAUCCCUCUUCUCCUGAGCUGGAGGUAUGCGAGCUGGUAGAGGAGCAGGGACAGGCAGGCCUGUCUGUAUCCAAUACCGGUUGUGGAGGACUGGAACUGAGUCUGACCACUGGACGUUUAGCCCCAACACCAGGCACUGUGUGCUCACUCAGGGAUGGGGAUUCAAGUAGCAGGGAAGUGGAGGAGGGGGAGGUGUUGCUCCUCAGUGUGGAAGAGGUGUUACAGACAUUGGAUCCCCUUCAACCUGGUCGAGACUCUCUUCAUACACAGCCGGUUAGGACACAUACUCACACACACACAGCUAUGGACAGAGCACACACUCAGAUGUACAUACAGCUGGAUGCAGCUCACAACUACACACAGAUUCAAACAGGCAGGACUAAUACAGUGGCAGGCCAUGGUGCUCACACACAUACAUCUUCCUUUGACCCUCCUUCAGCCUCCAAGCCCCCACCAGUCCGCCUUAACCGCAAACGAUCUCAUUCAGAGAGUGACAGGGAAAAAGUGAAACCUCUCCCGAUUGCUUCUAUCCUGCAGGGCUCUUCCUCAAACUCACACACUCCUAAUCCCUCUCACACAUUGCACACACAUCCACCCACGCCUUCCCUAACAGUACCAGCACACACAUACUCAUCGCUUCCCAACGGAGCACCUCCUAAGCCCAGUCGACCUGCGCCGAACCACAAUAAAGGUGCCAGGAAACAUCCGGAGCCAAGCCCUAAGAAGCCACAUGUCAAGGCUCGCACUGGUGGCGCUUCCAAGACAAAGGAAAGAAGCAAAGACCAGCGGUUGAUGGCAGGCUGCCUGGUACCUCCAGCACCUGCGAGGCCUCCAUAUAAGAAGCCAGUGGAGAAGAAGGGCUGUAAAUGUGGAAGAGCCACUCAGAAUCCGUCUGUGUUGACCUGCAGGGGACAGCGUUGUCCCUGUUAUUCAAACCGCAAGGCAUGCUUGGACUGCAUCUGUCGAGGUUGCCAGAACUCCUACAUGGCCAAUGGUGAGAAAAAGCUCGAGGCCUUUGCAGUGCCAGAGAAGGCCUUAGAACAGACGCGGCUUACGCUUGGUAUCAACCUCACCAGCAUCACAGCAGCCGCCGCCCUCCGCAACCCGGCAACCACCAGCAUCCGCGCAAACACCCUCCUCAAUGUUGCCACCGCAACAGGGACCCCCGUUUCGACAGCUUUCCUGUCCCCCAGCCCCCCACAAGAGCCCAACUAUGAGGAGAGCCUCGAGUUGCUGAUCGGCUGAGAGGCUGGGACUCCAAAAAUAGACAGCAUGGUGCUGAUAGAAUGUGACAACUCAUCAUUGUCUGUCAGAAAACGUGUACCUACCCCAUUGAGGGGAAGGAAAUCUAAGGCAGCUAUGGGUCUGUCCUGUCCUGUAAUCUGCUUUCCUUCUGUGUCAGAAAAUGCUGAGUAGUACGACUAGCAUGGGUGUGCCAAAGCCUCCUGUAUUGUGCCUGUGUGCCAGUGUUUAUUGUUGCCUGUCUCUAGUUAACACUUAAACUCGGUUCUUAGGCUGUUCUGUACAUCACAGGUGCUUUUUUUUUUCCAUUCAUAGACCAGACAUACUCUAAGAGGCAA